AUGACCACACCCAUACCAGGACCUUUAGGCCCAACUUUAGCCUCAACCAUCGACCCAACUCGUUCCAAAGAAUGUUUUUACAUGGCCAACCUCGAUUAUCCUCGAUAUCCGACUUUGACUCCUGAAAUGGCCACAGAAAUGUUGACAAAGGCUAUGAAUUUGAUUAAUCAAAUUGCAUUCAGUUUCUUAUACAUUGAUCGACCUGCUGAUGGUCAAGUCUAUCUAAUUUGUUUGCCACCUAAUGACGAAGAUUUACCACCUGAUGGUUUCCAUUAUCUUGAAGGUGAACAGUCUUACAAGACAACAUUGCCAGAUGGCCGGGAACUGCUUUGUUUUGAAAGAAGAGGAGGAUAUGCACCAACCGAUCAAUUCACUUCAAAGCUUCGUCGGCGAUAUAGACUAAAUGUCGGGAAUGAGAAUUUACAAUUACUUCAUUAUGCACGACUCGAGGAUAAUCAACGUCAAAUGUUGACACAAACUGGAGUUUUACGAACGCCUCCGCGAAAGUUUGUUCCUCCCAUACCGGCAGUAAGCCCAUAUAUCCGAGGACAGCAACAACAGCAUUCACAACCGCAGCAACAAACUCCUAUCCAAUCACACGUACAGAUGCCACAGCAAACACCGGUGCGAGCACCUAAUCAGCUUCCAGCCGCCGCCACAAUUUCCUCGUCAUAUAUGCAAUUUCCAACGCGCGCAACAUCAGCAUCAUAUGUGAGUCAGAAAGGGAUUGUUAAUAGUAUGGCCGCCUCAUCAAACAUAAAGCCUGUUGCUACUAAUAGACGAGGAAAAUCCGCAAAGGCGGAUAACGAAGCGGCGAUCGAAACUCUUACCCAUAGACACGCUCAAAAAAUAAAACUGUUUAAAGAAAAAGCAGCGAACCUGUCUAAAAGUCUGAAUAUUAUCAAGCAUUCAAAUAGUUUGGAGGAACUGGAAAGACUACAGGAAAAUGCGCGUAAAGACUUGGACAUUGUCGCACAACCAUGCAACAAUGUCAGAAUGGUAGAACUGGCCAACGUUCCAAUGGAAGAGGAAGAGCUACAAGAGGCACAAGCACAGCAGGACAUUACUAAUUUAGUUUCAGCUCAACAGCAACAAAAUGAUAUAAUACAACCAUUAUUGCCACAACAAAUGGAAUUAUCACAACUCGAUCCUAGUGAACUUGUCCCUCCUUAUGUACUUCAGCAGGGAUUAGUUGUUGGAGGUAAUGUGGUGCCUCCGAAUGGAGACCUGCAUGCCAUGUUGGAUGUUAGUUCUCUGACUGGGGAUCCGGCACAACUUGUGUAUGAGGAACUGGAAGUUUUGGCUUCGCAUAUUGGUGGUGGUGAUGCACAAAUGGAGGAUUGA